AUGACUGCCAAAGUCCCCAGGAACUUCCGCCUGCUCGAGGAGCUGGAGAAGGGUGAGAAAGGUCUAGGAGCUGAUGGCUGCUCCUAUGGCCUUGCCGAGGGAGACGAUGUUAUGAUGUCUAACUGGAACGCUACGAUUCUUGGCCCCCCCCAUAGUACCCACGAGAAUCGCAUCUACAGCUUGAAGAUCCACUGCGGCGAUUCCUACCCGGACCAGCCUCCUAUCGUCCACUUCAUUUCCAAAAUAAACCUCCCCGGCGUUGACCAGAAUGAUGGCAGAGUUGAUCUUUCAAAACUUCAACGCGUGAGUCAGUGGGCUAGAAACUUCACCAUGGAGAAGAUCCUUGUAGCUCUUCGAGAGCAUAUGGCCCACCCUAACCACCGGAAGCUCCACCAGCCCCCAGAGGGCAAUACUUACUAA